AUGUAUAGAAUAAAGUAUAUUUGUUUAUAACUUAUUUUUUUUAUAAGAUGCUUAAAUAGCUAAUACGAUUGGUAGUUUAUAUUAACAUGCAACUGUGCUUUAGCAACAGGCGCUAACUAUAAUGAUUAAUGUGCAUGGAUAACUUAAGGAUGUAGUAACUAUAAUCUUAACAACAGUGCAAGUUUUUGUUGUGUAGAUUAAUAAUCAUGUUAUGAUGUUACAAAUACUUAACUUGUUAAUAUUGGAGGCUUCAAAGGAGGGCGGUGCCUUACAAAUCAAAAUUCUUUCUUUUUAUGCAAUUAGUUUAAUUUACUAUAGCUUAAUUUAUAGAAUUGGGUGAUUACUUUAUACUCUGGUAAUCUUUCUGAUUUUUCAACAAAUCCUGUAUGUUAAUUAUAAAGUAAAGAUGCUUCAAUAACUUGCAUAGGUUAUAGAGAUCUGCCUCAAACUAGUUUAAAUGGUUUAUCAGGAGUGUCUAAAGUUUGCAUAUUAGGAUUAAAUGAUAAUCUAAAUGCAGUUUCUUGUGCAGAUAAUUACUGCAUCAACUAAAAUGAUAAUAAUAAAUGCAAUAUAUAUAAUACUUCAUAAAUGCAAACCCUUUAUACUUAGUAUGGGAUUUUAGGUGUUUCAGGUAUAUAAAGAAACUGUAUAACAUAAAGUUAGAAAGUGAAUUCCUAAAAUGAUUGCUCUCAUUUAUAUGUUAACUCAGUAUGUUUUAAUCCAACUGACAACACUUGUUGGGAUCUCUCUAAAUUAAAUAUUUUAGAUACUUCAUAGCCAAUAGGUAAAUUUGAUAUUGAUGGGACAUGCGUAUUCUUAGGAGUCUAUUCAAACAAUCAAAUAAAAUAUUGUAAUUAAAAUAUUAAUUCGGUUUGCUUAGACAGUACUGCUAACAAUUAAUAAGGUUGCUUUUAAUGGAAUACUCAGUAAAUCUCUUAAAACAAUAAUCAAAUAAUAAUAGGAAUAUUUUCUGAUGGAACAUGUGCAUAUAAAGAUGUAUACGAUAGUAAAAAAAUCAAUAAUUGCAACACUUAAAAUACUGGUGUGUGUAUUUAUAAUUCUUCUCUCAAUAAUAAUCUAUAAGGAUGUAUUUCAUGGAAUCUUUCAUCUAUAUAAUAAACAACUUAACCAAUAGGAAUAUUUAGUGAUUUUUCAUGCGCCAUUUAAAAUAUAUAUACUAAAUAAAAAAUAAUAAACUGCAAUUUUAAUAUCAAUGCAAUUUGUUUAGAUAAUACUACUCAAGAUAAUUAAGCUUGCUUAAAUUGGAAUAUGAGUUCUCUAGAUUCUUCAAUUCCUAAUUAGGCUGUGGGAAGGUUUGCUGACAAUAGUUGUGCAUUUUUGAAUUAAUAUUAAAAUUAGGAAAUUUUAAAUUGUAAUUAACAAAUUAACAACAUAUGCUUAGAUAAUAAAAAUCAAAAUUUACAAGCAUGUAUAAAUUGGUAGGUUGCAGCUUCAAGUGUAAUUAACUCACCAACUCAAAUUAUUGGAAUCUUCAAUGACUAUUCGUGCUCUUACUUAAAUACUUAUGCUUAAAAAGCUAUAUUAUUCUGGAAUAGUUAAGUAACUAAUGUUUGCUUAGAUAAUAGGGAUAAGGCUAAUUAAGCUGUUUUUUGGUGGAAAGACUCAUCUGAUCCAAAUCCAAUUGGUAUAUUCAACGAUGGUUCUUGUGCAUAUCUAAAUACUUUUGUUCAAAAUUAAAUAAAAGACUGUAGUACAAUAAAUAAUGUUUGUAAAUAUAAUUCUUCUGUCAAUAACAACAAGCAAGGAUGUAUUUAAUGGAAUUUUACAUUUUCAGAACAAUAUAUAUAUCCUAUUGGUAUUUAUUAAGACAAUACAUGUGCUAUUUUAAAUAUUUAUUCUAAUAAGCCUAUAUAAUAAUGUAAUUAUAGUGUUUAUGGGGUCUGUUUAGAUAAUAAUUCUCAAAACAAUCAAGCCUGUCUUAAUUGGAAUAUGAGUUCUCUAGAUUCUUCAAUUUCUAAUUAGGCUGUGGGAAUAUUUACUGACAAUAGUUGUGCAUUUUUGAAUUAAUAUUCAAAUAAACAAAUCUCAAAUUGCAAUUAAUAAAUAAAUACCAUAUGCUUAGAUAAUAGAAAUUUAAGUAAUCAAGCAUGUUUAAACUGGUAGCUUGCACUCUCAAGUGUAACUAACUCGCCAAACCAAGUUAUUGGAAUCUUCAAUGACUAUUCAUGCUCUUUCUUAAAUACUUAUGCUUAAAAAGCUAUAUUAUAAUGGAAUAGUUAAGUAAGUAACGUUUGCUUAGAGAAUAAAAAUUAAAAUAAUUAAGCUGUUUUUUGGUGGAAAGACUCAUCUGAUCCAAAUCCUAUUGGAAUCUUUAUGGAUGGCUCUUGUGCAUAUCUAAAUAUUUUCGUUCAAAAUUAAAUAAAAGAUUGCAAUAUUUAAAAUAAUGUCUGCAUAUAUAAUUCAUCUAUCAAUAAUAACUAGUAAGGAUGUAUUUAAUGGAAUUAUUAUACUUCUUCAUCAUAUCCUGUUGGUAUUUAUCAAGACAAUACUUGUGCUAUUUUAAAUAUGUAUUCUAAUAAGCCCAUAAAUUAAUGUAAUUAUAGUAUUUAUGGGGUCUGUUUAGAUAAUACUUCUCAAAAUAAUCAAGCUUGUUUAAAUUGGAAUUUGAAUUAACUAGAUUCUUCAAUUUCUAAUUAGGCUGUGGGAAUAUAUACUGACAAUAGUUGUGCAUUUCAGAAUAACUAUUAAAAUAAGAUUAUUAAAAAUUGUAAUUAAUAAAUAAACACCAUAUGCUUAGAUAAUAGAAAUUAAAGUAAUCAAGCAUGCUUAAACUGGUAAAUUGCAGCCUCAAGUGUAACUAACUCAGCAACUUAAGUUAUUGGAAUUUUCAAUGACUAUUCAUGCUCUUACUUAAAUACUUAUGCUUAAAAAGUUAUAUUGUUCUGGAAUAGUUAGGCAACUAAUGUUUGCUUAGAUAACAGGGAUUAACAUAAUUAAGCUGCUUUUUGGUGGAAAGACUAAUCUGAUCCAAAUCCUAUCGGGAUCUUCUAAGAUGGCUCUUGUGCAUAUCUAAAUAUUUUUGUUCAAAAUUAAAUAAAAGACUGUAGUACAGUAAAUAAUGUCUGCAUAUAUAAUUCUUCUGACAAUAACAGCUAGCAAGGAUGUAUUUAAUGGAAUGUUAAACCUUCAACAUAAUAUAUAUAUCCUAUUGGUAUUUAUUAAGACAAUACAUGUGCUAUUUUAAAUAUUUAUUCUAAUAAGCCCAUAAAAUACUGUAAUUAUAGCGUUUAUGGGGUUUGUUUAGAUAAUACUUCACAAAACAAUCAAGCUUGUUUAAAUUGGAAUAUGGGUUUUCUAGAUUCUUCAAAUUCUAAUUAGGCUGUGGGAAUAUUUGCUGACAAUAGUUGUGCAUUUUAGAAUAAAUAUUAAAAUUCGAUAAUUAAAAAUUGUAAUUAACAAAUAAAAACCAUAUGCUUAGAUAAUAGAAAUUAAAGUAAUCAAGCAUGUUUAAACUGGUAACUUGCAGUCUCAAGUGUAACUAACUCUCCAGAAUAAGUUAUUGGAAUAUUCAAUGACUAUUCAUGCUCUUUCUUAAAUACUUAUGCUUAAAAAUCUAUCUUAUUCUGGAAUAGUUAAGUAACUAAUAUUUGCUUAGAUAAUAGGGAUUAGAGUAAUUAAGCUGCUUUUUGGUGGAAAGACUAAUUUGAUCCGAAUCCUAUUGGGAUCUUCAAAGAUGGCUCUUGUGCAUAUCUAAAUAUUUUCGUUCAAAAUUAAAUUAAAGAUUGCAAUAUUUAAAAUAAUGUCUGCAUAUAUAAUUCAUCUGUCAAUAACAACUAAUAAGGAUGCAUUUAAUGGAAUACUACUCCUUCUCCAUAAUAUAUAUAUCCUGUUGGUAUAUUCUAAGACAAUACAUGCGCUAUUUUAAAUAUUUAUGAUAAUAAACCAAUAUAAAAUUGCAAUUAUAGUGUUUUUGGGGUCUGUAUAGAUAAUACUUCUUAAAAUAAUCAAGCUUGUUUAAAUUGGAAUAUGAAUUCUCUAGAUUCUUCAAUAACCAAAUAGGCUGUGGGAAUACGAACAGACAAUAGUUGUGCCUUUCUUGAUGAACGUUCUAAUAAAAUUAUUAAAUAAUGCAAUUAAUAAAUAAAAAAUGUUUGCUUGGAUGAUACUUAAACCAAUUAAGCAUGCCUUAUCUGGCAACGUCCUACAUCAAAUGUAAUUAACUCACAAACUCAAGUGAUUGGGAUAUUUUCUGACAUGAAAUGUGCUUUCUUAAAUACUUAUGCUUCUAAAUAAAUUUUAUUUUGGAAUGAAUAAGUAAAUAGUGUUUGCAUAGAUAAUAGAAAAUUAAAAGAUGAAGCUGUUUUCUGGUGGGAUAUUAAUACUUUAAACUAAUUAGACUAAACUAAACCUAUUGGUAGAUAUGUUGACGGAAGCUGUGCUUACCUAAAUAUCUUUGCUUAGAACCAAAUAAAAUAUUGCAAUUAAUAAAUUUAGUUUAUCUGUUUAAAUAACUUUGAUGCUUCUUAUUAGGGGUGCUCUGAAUGGGAUGUUUGGCCUUAGACUAUAUAAUAAAAUACAAAUCUAAUUGGUAAAUAUAUUGAUGGGACAUGCGCCUUUGUAGGAGUAUAUUACAACAAUCAAAUACAAGUUUGCAACUUUUCAGUUAACUUUAUCUGUCAAGAUACAAGUUCUGCUGUUAGUCAGGCAUGUGUGAAUUAUGAAUUAUAAUUUAACUAAAUCGUAGGAGCUGACAAUAACAAUAUCUGUCUUAUCGAAAACUAGCCUCAAGCAAUUAAAUGUUCUAAGUUAUAUUGUAUAGAUAUAAAUUAAUCAUGUAGGAUCUUAUCUAGUGAUGCAACUUUAAAUAGAAUAAUGACUCAGAAAGGUACAUACCAGUGUUUUGGAAAUGUCGGUGACACAGAUACCAGUAAAAAUGCUAUUUGGUGUGCUCCUGGAUAUUGUAGGAAACAAAGAAGUAAUAUUGAUGACAGUUUUUACUGCAAAUAAUUAGAUAAUGACGAAAGCCCUUGUAAAGAUGAUGGAAACCAUGUUUGUAUUCGUGAGGGAGGUUCUUCAAGCUAAAUGAUUGUUGAUAUGGUCCUAAGCUUUUGCUCUGCAUAUAUAAAUAGUUCAUAUUUGUGUGUAAAUUCAGAUACAGACUUAGAUUAUGUAAUAAAAGAUACUAGGGGAUAAUGUUAAAAAUUUACAGAUCAGUAGUUAAAAAAUUGUUAAAAUACAACAAAUUGCUUAUCAAAGAUAACGGCUAUGUAUUGUGGUUGCUAUAAUAGUUUAAAUUCUGCUUAUUAAUGUACCUUUGGACCUUUAUGCCUAGAUAGCUUAAAUAAUUGUGUACAUGUUGAUUACUCUGAACUUUAAGGCUUCCCAGGUAGAAAAUAAGGAACAUCUACAUGCUAACAAAAAGAAGUACCUUAAACUGUUCUAUGUUCAAAGAAUUAUUGUUUACUAAAUUAGGAAUGCUUUGAAAUGACUUAAAAUUUGUAUAUCUCUUAAGAGAAUAAAACUUAAAAAUGCUUAUUAGCAGAAUAAGCAGGGUAAUUUGGUGCUAAAUGGUGUGUUUCAGGGUUUUGUAAAAUAACAAACGAUUUGCUUAAAUUAGAGUAUUGCGUCGAAAUGGAAGAUUCAAAUACUUUUGCUUUGGAUAAAAAUGGUCGUUGCUUAUCGAAAUCUUAGUCUCAAAAUAAUUCAGAUUUAUUAUCUUGUUAGAUGAACUUAUUUUGCUUGGAUAAUUCGGAAACUCCUAAAUGCAUACCUAUAGAUCCAUUAAAUACAUGUGUAGACAAUAAUUAUAAAUGUAUUUCUAUUAAUUCUGGUUCAUGUACUUUUUGUCAUAUCACACAAUGUCUAUCUGGAGAUUCAUGCAUUCCUAUAUAAGAUGGUUUUUGUUUGGGUUUUAAUGGGAAAUGUAUACAAUCUACUGGCUCAGUAUGUAAAGCUUGUAAUUAAAAUGAGUGCUAUAAUCCUCUUUAAUUCUCUUGCACCCCAUUUACUAAAAUGAAUGUAAAGUAAGAUUAAUGCAUAAUUUAAGUUUAUAACUAUAUGCCAUGCGUAUACAAGUAAUUAAAUGAUAAUUAAUAUUGUGCUGCAUAUGAUAAUUAGUGUAAAGAACUUUCUACUAUUCCUUAAUGUUUAAGAUGUCCAUCAUCAUACUUGUGGGUUGGAAAUUAAAAAUGUUAUAGCAGUUUAAUGAUCGAGUGCUAACUAUGCUCAUCAGUAAAUAAUUGCUUAUAAUGUUCUUUUGAAUAUUUCCUAUAUGCAGAUAUAGUCCUUCAAACACAGUAUUGCAUCCUUCUUCCUUCGACAUAAAUUUUAUAUCCAGAUUAUUUAUUUGAAGACAAAGAGUUCAUAUAACAAAAUAGUAACCCUUAAAUAGCUGGUAUAUACAAUUUAUAUGAUUACUACAUAAAUGAGUUAAAUAAUAAUUUGGAAUAAGUAUAUGCUUAUUGCUUAAAUAAAUGGUAAUUUGUAAAGGUUGGAGACAUUGUUUUUUGCGAUACUUUUAACAUUCAAUAUUAAUUUAUUUAUUAGAAGUCAUACAUUCCAAAAUUAACUAUUUAUUACUAAAUUAAACUAAAUCAAUUAAAUUAGAUUGUCCUCGAAUAGCUAAGCUCUUUUUGUAAUAUUAAAAACUGUGCAAGCUGUCAAAUUUUAAACAAUAUAAAAAUUUGUCUAACCUGUGAAUAUGGAUACGCACUAAGUUAUCUAAAUUCAUGCUAGCCUUGUCCUGAUAACUGCUUGAGCUGCUUUUACGGUGGUUACUAUAAUGAACAAAGUGUGAAUUGGAGUUAAAUUUUAGCAAAUACAUAACAAUGGAAUAUUGAUUUUAGUAAAUUAAGCACAACUUAAUACAGUAUAUUAUGCUCUUUAUGCUCUCCUUAGUUUAUUGUGACAAAAGAUUACUCUGGAUGUGAGCCAUGUGGUAUUAAAUGCUUUUCGUGCUAUUACGGUAAUAUAAAAUAUAACUUGACAAGCACAUUUGAUAUAUAACUAAGCUAAAAAUAUUCUACAUCAAUAAUUAAGAAAUGUUUAUAGUGUUUUGAUGGUUUCAUAAUUAGUCCUAACAUGGUGGAUUGCAUACCUAUUUCUUAGGACUGUCUGAUUGAAUAUUUUGGGAAGUCAGAUGGCUCUAGAUAAUCUUUAACAAGCUAAAAUUGGUGGGAUAGUAGUUUAUCUUAUGAAUCAAAAUGCUAUGCUUGUUAUUAAUUUGUAAGUAUAAAUUAUAGUCGCAGUUCUUAUCAAUGCAAUAAUAAAGCAGAUCCGAAUUAUAUUUCAAACUGCUAAAAUACGGUUAGGUUUAGCUCUGAAAAUUAACCAUAUUGUCUAUAAUGUGGAUAAAACUAAUCAUUUAACAUUAAUCUUAAUAUUUGCUGUUACAGUUAUACUGAUAAUGCUAACAAUUAAAUAUUUUAAUGUACUUAAUGCCUUAGUUAAAAUGACAAUAUUUUUUUGUUUCCUACUCUUUUUGGAUGCCAAUAAUGUCCAGAAGGGUGUUCUUCUUGUUAUGAAAGUGAAAUGGUAAAUGAUAAAAUUCAGUAGAUAGAACUAAAAAACAGAACAUAAUAGAUUAUUUUUGAAUAAAUACAACCAUCUUUAUAAGAUAGAUUAAAUAUCUAGUCAUCUGAUAAUUAUGAGAUAAUAUGUUCUUCUUGCUAAGUAGGCUACUUCUUGUAGAACAAAAGAUGCAUAAAAAAUUUAUGUGGACCAUAAUGUGAUUUGUGCUACAUGAAAAAUUUUAGUCCUAUUUGUAUUUCUUGCUCUUAUGUUAAUUUGUAAAAAUAAAUAUCCAAUAUCUCAGUUUAGAUUUUAUCAUUUUACUAAUUAACUGACUUAAAUUUUAAGUAUAUGACUCAUUUUAAUUCCCUUAAAUAAGAUUGCUCCUUGUGCCCUUUAGGAUGCUUGUCUUGUGAUUAUAAUCCAAUUACUAACAAUCCAUUUAGCUUAUAUAAAUCUAAAUGUUAUUCAUGCAAAUCAAUAAAAUAAUUAGCAACACAAAGUUAUAACUCAAAUUUAAUAAAUAAUUAUGAGUGGAGAUUGGACUAAGAUACUAACUCCUGCGUUUUAUGUAAGAAUAAUUAAUUAAAAUGCGCGUAUAGAAAAGAAACUACUAUCUUUGCUAAAUGUCUUGGCAUAUUUGAUGAAUUAGGGAGUGGAACAGAGCAAAUACCUUUAAAUUUCCAAAGAGCUAAUGAUGCCGAUUGGGAUAAAUUGAUAGUAAAUGAAUCUGAAUUUACAAAAGCUCUAGUUUAUAUGAAUGAAUUAGGAGUUAGAGAAUUGUAAGUAGACAUUCACAUUUUAGAUUAAAAAUGCGUUUUAUAAAACCCUAUCUCUAUUACAACUUCUUUGCUUUAAUUAAUUCCUUACUUGCAAGUAUUUCAAAUAAAUAUCAUCGGAAAUUAUACAAAAGAUCAAAAUAAUCCUUAAGUAAGUGAAAUAAAUAUUAAAGAUUCAAUUUCUAUAAAUGGUUUCCUAAACAAUAGCUAGAGUAUUAUCAUUAGUAAUGUUGAUACUUAUUCAUUUUAGUUUACUAACUGCUCAAUAAACGGAUUAUUUAAUUAGUUUUAUGAUGUUUAGUAGAUAUAAUCAAAUAAUACUAAGCUUUACUAGGGUUUUUUUUCUGAUGAAGUUCUCAGUAUUCAAAAAUUUUUUUUCAACAUUAAAAUUUUUAAUUUGAGAUAAACUAUCUAGAUUACUAAUUCUUCUGUGAAUAAUUUAUUAGUGUAUCAAAGCAGUUUAUUUAAUUUUAUUAACACUUAAGCAAGUAUCUAAGCAUAAAAUAUUUCUCUAUAAAUAGAAAAUUUCAAUGUUUCAUAAGUGUACUUUUAGUAGUCUUCAAUCAUCAGUCUUUCUUAUUAAAAUAUAACUUUUCAAGUAAAUAAUAUAAAGAUAAGCAAUAACUUAAUGAUUUAAAAAUCUAUAAUGUUUUAGAUUACACCUUUUGACAAGCUUCCAAACGCAAGUUUGUAAAUAUCCAAUUUAAAUUUUUAAAGAAAUUAAGUUUAUUAAAACUCACAACUACUCACAAUAACAAAACUUUUUUACAGCCUUUUUGAAAUUAUAACUUUUGACAGCAAUAUUAUCAAAAACGAUAAAGAAUUUAAUAGCUUAAUAGUAAUAAAUCAAAUGAUUUGCUUGCAGCUAUCUGUUAUAAAUAAUGUUUUAACAAAAAGUUAUUUAUUCUAAAAUUUUGAUGACGGAAAAUUAGAGAGAUAAAUUUAUAUGAAAGAUCAAUAGUAUUUAUUCUAGUUUAUUUAAGUUUUAAUCAGUAAUAAUACAGUUUAGUUAAUUUAGUCAUCCAUAUUUUAUUAUAUUGGAAAUUCUACUGAAUUAAAUUCUCUGAAAUUUUAAGGGAUUGUUGUCAAUGAUAAAAAUUAAGAAGAUGAAAAUUUAAACUCGAAUCUAUUCUCAAUCAAUUCAUGCUAUAAAGUAGCAAUAAUGAAUGUUAAUAUUUCACAUCCUAACCAGAUAAAUAUAUUUUAAAUUUCGCAAGCAUAGUAUUACACUUCAAGAGUUAUUAACAUUGUAAAUAACUGGAUAGACUAAUAGUUAAAAACUGAAUUAUUCUCUAUUAAAUAAAUCUAUAAAGGUAUAAAAUUAUAAUAAGUAAAUAUUUAAAAUAUAACAACUACUAGUCCUUUAAUUUUUAUAACAAACGAAUUCGUUAGUAAUCAGGGAUAUAACUCAAUAAUUGACAUCAAUUUUUUAUAUGCUAAUAAUAAUCAAAUUUUUAUCUAAUAAUCAACCAAUAUAUUCUCAAUAUUAGCAAUAAAAACUAGUGCUAAUUAAAAAAUAUCGCUUAGCAACUUGAACUUUUAGAAUAAUACAGCCUUAUUUAAUUAAAAUUAAGUAGUAAAUGAUUAAUAAAGUGCUUGCUCUUGUAUAUGCAUAGAUGCUUAUUAAAGCUAUGUUAAUAUUAUUUUUUCUAAAUUUAUAAACAAUUAUAGUACAGCUUCGAGGAAUGCUAUCUCUAUUAUUUCUAAUAAUGCUAAUUUAACUGAAUGCUAAUUUUCAAAUCAAAUGUAAAGAAAUAUAAAUACCUCAAUUACUCUUGGAGGUUUAGUAUUCUCUAAGUCUUCUCGACUUUCAUUGAAUAGCUGUUUUUUAUAACAAGGAUUUGCUUAAAAAGGAGGAGCAAUUUAUUUUUAAGGAUAAUAAUAUUCAUAAUUAAUUAUAACAUAAACACAAAUUUUACAAAAUAGAGCUGCUUUACUGGAAUCAAAUAGCUUAGGGGGAGGAGUUUAUAUAGAUGCAACAAGUGUAAGUAAUAUAGAUAUAAUAUUAGAAAAUUCAGAAGUAUCUAAUAAUUUAGCUACAAUAUAAGGUGGAUCAUUUUAUAUAACCCCAUUUUAAGGAAAUCUCUUUUUUAAAAUGAGUGAUAGCAUUAUGUAAAAUAACUUUGCUCUGCAGGGAGCAUUUUUUUAUCUCAAUUUUAAUGGAAUUGGAAUUGGAAGAGUUUUUAUUAUAUCAUCUUCAUUCUAUAAUGAUCCAUCUUCUCAAUUAUAAGAUUUACUAUAAAUAAUAGAUCAAGCAAAAAGCUAAAGUAAUUAAUUCAGAUCUUUUUCUUUGUUUGAUUUCACUCAAGUUACUUAGUUGUAUAUAGCUGGAAGUAUUUUUGAGUCAUCUCAAAAUUAAAUAAAUUUGUAAAAUUAAAAUGAAAAAAUCUAUCUUUUCCUCUACCCAGCUUUAUUUAACAUAUUAUAAAACAUACAAUACAAUGAAUAUAACAAUACUUAUUAGAAUUUUAUUGUUACCUCAAAUUUUAUGAAUAUUAAUGCUAAAAAUGUGUAGAUCGUUUAAUCUUAAUACUACAAUAUCUAGCACAAUAAUUUUACAAGUGUUAACAAUAUUAUUUUUUAUAAUUCUAAUUUUGUAGUGAUUCAAAAUUCCUCGUUUAGUCAGCUUUAAUGUAAAUUCUGUCAAAUUUCACCAAUACAAAUACUUGUACAACAAUUUUAGUUACAGAAUUCUUUAUUUUAGUAGAAUCAAGGAAGCUUAAUAGGAGGAUUUUUACUAAUAUAAUAAAUAAGCUUAAUUGAAGCAAAAAGAUAACUUUAAUAUGAAAAAAACUAUCAAAAUAAAAUAGAAAAUUGCAUAUUUUAAUAAAAUUCUGCUUUUAAUGGAGGGUCUUUAACUAUUUAGUUUUAAUAAGACUUUAGCACAAUAGUCUAUGGAUGUCAAUUCAUAUAAAACAAAGCUUUUAAUAAAGGAGGAGUUAUUUAUUACUAAUAAUUGCAAUAAAAUCAAUAAAUUAAUAUCAAUUUUAUCAAAAAUACAUUUAUCAAGAAUAGUGCCUACAUUGGAGCUAUUUUUUAUUCUAACAUUAAUUAGUAUAUGAGUCUCAUUAGUGAAUAAAAUAAGGUUUUAUAAAAUUAAGCAAAUUAUUUUGGUUCUUUGCAAAUAACUUCUCCAAGCUAAAUGCAAAUUACUUACAAACAAACUCUAUACUAAAAUAACUCUAAAAUAUUAGUUUAAACAAGCGGUUAGUUGCAGAAUGAGCUUUUAGUGUUUGUUUUAGACGAAUAAGGGUAGCAAUACAAAGAAUUAGAAGGUGAUAAUUUAUAUUUAAAGGUAAAGAAAGUAUCUUAAUCGUUAAAUACUUUUAUGGAAGAAACAAAUAUUCCUUUUAAAGAUGGAAGUUUCAAUUUGACAAAUUAUUUAAAAAUCUAUGGAUAAGUAAAUGAAAUACUGUCAGUAUAACUGCUAUUUGACAGAAUAAAAAGUUAGCAAGCUGAUAAUUACAAUUUAGUUAUAAACUUUGAGUUUGAUAAAGACUGUUAAAGAGGUUAUUUCAAAUCAAAAAUUCUUAGUAUUUAUGAUAGUUGUCUUCCAUGCAAGAAUAAUUCGUUUUCACUAAUUUAAAAUUCUUAAUAGUGUAACUUAUGUCCAAAAAUUGAUGGUUUUGUUUGCUAUUAAGAAACAUACCUUAUACCAAACGGUUACUGGAGAAGAGAUAACUAAUCAUAAAAUACUUUAUAAUGCUAUAAUUAGCUAUCUAAUUGUAUUGGGGAUACCUAAAGCUAAUCGAUAUAAAGAAAUUAAUUAAACUAACUUAAAAUUGAUAAAAGUUCACAAGAAGUUUAUUUUUGUGCUGAAGGUCAUUUAGGAGCUCUUUGCCAAGAUUGCGAUAUUUUAGGAUAAUAUUGGAAGUAAAAAUAUUAUAAAAUUGAUGAGUUUAAAUGUUAAGCUUGUUCGGUGGCAAGGCAAAGUUUACAUUUUAAGUUAUUUUACAUUAUAGCUGCAAUAACUUUAAACUUAAUCCUAAUGUAUAGUUGUAAAAAAGCAUAUACAGAUUUUAUUUUGAAAAAAAUAUCUCUCAAACUUAAAGCUUCUGCAGAGUAUAAGGAAGUAAAAAUUUCUGAUAACUAUAUCAUAUUAAAGUUUGUAAUAAAUUACAUUUAAACAAUUGGAUUAAUAUACUAAAUCAAUACCUCUUUUUUUGGGUCUUACUUUUAAAUUAUCAGGUUUUUAUCAAAUCCUCUUUAUGGAUUUGUAUAUCUUUUUGAUUGUUGGAUUUCUGAUUUUUACUUAUAAUACUUCUAAGUAAGAGAUUUUUACAUUUUCUUUAGAAUCAUUUUUGUCUAAGUUUAGCUGGUUAUUUUAUAUUGUUUAACAAUUAUCAUUUCUACUGUUUUCAUUUGCUUUAAUAAACCGUGGAAAACAUAUUUAAGAAGCCUUAUAAACUGUUUUGUAAUAAUUAUUGUAUUAAAUAUUUCUGGGAUCUUUAGCUUAAUUUUAGAAUAUAUGUUUUGCACAGAAGUGGAUGGGAUUUUUUAUCUUUCUAGAUAUACUAGAAUAUAAUGUGAUGAGCAAUUUUAAUAUAAUUUAUUGAUUUAUAUAAUUCCCAUUUUGAUAUUUUGGGUUUUGUUAGUUCCAUCAAUAUUAAUUCUAAUACUUAAAACAAAAAUAAUAUAUUUAGAUUAAUUUUAAUUGAAAUGCAAGCUUGGAUUUAUAUAUCAUGAGUAUAAAAAACAAUAUUAUUAUUGGGAGAUAGUAAAAAUUGUUUUUAAAAUGAUUAUAAUUGCUGCUAUUAGUCUAACAGAUAAUCCUGGUAUUUAGUUUGGUUUAUCACUAGCUUCAAUUUUGUCAUAUAAAUUUAUUCUUCAUAUAACUUAGCCUUAUCAAGCAAUAAGAUCUAAUUAGUUAGAUAUAAUGAUGAUCAAUAGCAUAAUUUUAUGUUAACUUUUAGUAUUUGCUUCUCUUUAGUAAGAUGAAAUAAGCAACUUUUGCUUUAUUGUUUUUUUUAUUGUUAAUUUGAGAGUAUUUUUAAUGAUUAUCAAAUAUUAAAUUAAGCAACUAUUUCUAAAGAUUUUACAAAAAUCUUAUUAUAGACUAUAAAAUCAUAAAAAAAUCAAUUAUAUAAUAAUUAAGCUCUUUAAAAAUUAAAUUAAUGCUAAACAAAUGUGGAAAAAGCUAGCUAUAAAAAUUAAUAUUUUGAUUUAAAGAUAACAAAUAGGAGAUAUAUAAUAGAUAAAAUAUUAAACUGACUCUUUAUUAUAAAACACUAGUAAAUAAAUAGAAAUUAUUUAUAAUUUUCAUAAAAAUUGCUAAAUUAAAUAAUUUUAAUUCUUAAAAUCAAAUAAACCUUUAAUAUGA